CUAACAGAGUUAUUCCUGUAAGAGAUAUGGCAGCCUUACACAUGUUGGCUAUUGUCACCUUGUUCCUUCAUUUCAAAAUUAUUGCUGGUGAUGAAACGAGGAUUAUUUCUAGUAAAGCGUAUUCUGAGUGCACUCAGUUCAUCUCCCCUACAAAUGCUACCGUCAUUGAAGGCAUAUAUAGCGUUGCCGCGUGUGGUGUGCAGUGUUCUACGGAAACCCAAUGUGUGGCUUUCAGCGUGUCUGUGGCUGGUGACACGUGCAUGAUCCACCGUGAGAUGUUCCUGACAGGUGUCUGCUACAGUGGAGGGUGGCGCCAUUUCAAUGUCCAGAACCGAUGCAUGAAUGGGGGCGAAUAUGACCAGGACAAGCUAAGCUGUCAAUGUUAUGGUGGCUAUAUCGGCCAGUUCUGUGAAAGAAUCAUGCAAGAUUGUUCGGAAGGAUAUAGCACACAUCAUUAUAACAAGGGGUCUGGGAUAUAUUUAAUUCAACCAUAUAUGGCACCUGGCCCAUUCAAAGUCAAGUGCAGGAUGCAGUACGGUGGCAAUACAUAUAUUCAAAUUCAUAUGGACGGAUCUACCAAUUUCAAUCGGUCGUGGCAAGAAUACAAGGAUGGCUUUGGGGACCUUACCAAGGACUUCUGGCUUGGAAACGACAAAAUAGCUUCCAUUACAAAUGGGCGCAGUCAGUUACUCACAUUUAAAACUACAGAUAAUAGUUCCACUGUUCAAAGACAGAGAAUAUACAAAUCUUUCACCCUUUCCCAAGAUGGCCUCUACACAAUGACAUAUGAACGGUCUUGGGCACACAUACUUCCUGAACAUGUUGGUGGUGAUUGUUUAGCCGAAUUGAAGGGGCAGCCCUUCUCUACCUUCGAUCGUGACAACGAUGACAGCCCCCUGAACUGUGCUCAAGAGCACCAGUCUGGAUUUUGGUUCAAGAACUGCACCCCCUGUAAUCCCAAUGGUGUUUGGUCAGAGACUCCGGACAAGCUGAGAGCUGGAGUACCUUGGGAGAUGUUCUGGACACCUGUAACAGGAGACAACCUGAUACUGUCAUGCUUUGCCUAUUUGAAAGCCUAAUUAUUUUUAUAUAUUACUGUUAACGCCUCAUCCAGGUUGUUCCUUGUUCCCGCUGUCCAUCAUCAUAUUUGAGAGGUUGAACUCCGCGGCAGAAAAAUAUAUUCUGGCCCAGUGCUGAGAACAAAGUUUGCACCUUGAGUUCCGUUUGGUGAUGAAUUGUGUUUUUAUUCCCACAUUUUUAUAAAACAUUUCUUUAGACGUCCAAAAUGAACGUUUGUUAAAAGUCAUGCCAUUUGACCGAUUUAGUUGAAGAGGUGCAAUCGUAAGGAGAGACAUCAUAUGUUACACACAGAGAAAAUCCUUUUGGCACAUACAGACUUUCACGACACCGCUUGUCUCCAAAUCUUGACAGAGGGACGUGUUCCAGCUAGGCAAUAAUAGCG